AGAAAACAAAAAUUAUUUUGUUUAUUCAGAAGGUAAGUCAAUCGUCAAAACUACAUUGACAUUGACAGCAAAGUUUUGGUAAUCUGUUCUAUGUCUCACGGCUGUCUUUUCUUUGUCAAAAUACGGCGAAGGUAGCGUAUCAAGAUGUUGAUGCCCAAACAGAACCGUGUCGCUAUCUAUGAAUACCUCUUCAAAGAGGGUGUCAUGGUAGCCAAAAAAGACUACCAUGCACCCAAACACAUUGAUCUGGAGAAAAUCCCCAACCUCCAAGUUAUCAAGGCAAUGCAGUCCCUUAAAUCUAGAGGUUAUGUUAAGGAACAAUUUGCAUGGAGGCAUUUUUACUGGUACCUUACAAAUGAGGGCAUCGAGUAUUUGAGGAUUUUCCUGCAUCUGCCCCCUGAAAUUGUCCCAGCCACUCUGAAGCGUUCAGUGCGUACGGAGACAGUUCGUCGGGGUGCUGUGGGUCGGCCAGAUGCCCCCGCACGCUCCGCCGAAGACAGAUCUGCCUACCGCAGAGCACCCCCAGCUGGUGGACAUGAUAAGAAGGCUGAUGUCGGACCGGGCUCAUCAGAUGUUGAAUUUAGAGGAGGAUUUGGACGUGGAAGACCCGCCCCUAAUUAAGCUAAAUAAAAUUACAAUUAUGUAA